AUGCGGGAGCAGCACGAAUGCCCCAAGGUCCAGGACGCGGCGAUCUGCGCGAUCAUCGACGUGCUGGACGACAACUUGGAGGGGGAGUUUUCCCUCCGGGGCUCGGAGGAGGCCGCGGAAGCCCGGAGCAUGUCCGACAUGCCCGACGCCUUGAUGACGGUCAGCGCGUCCGUGCGCGCGCACCGCAGUUUCCAGGUAGUGCAGUACCGGGGCUGCCAUGCGCUGGGGCUGCUGUACGGGCUGCUUCCCCCGGGCUUUGCGCUGCCAGCGGAGGUCCUGGAUACGGUCCUGGGCGCCCUCUGGCGGUGCCCCAACGACCUGGACACGGCGGCCGGCGCCUGCUUCGCGCUCCGCGCCUUCCUCGAGCCCCGGGCCGGGGCCACCAGCGAGGUGAGCGCGGUGCUAGACAUGCUCAGGGCCAGGGAGGCUGGGCCGGACCUGAUGCAGGUGCUGGAGCACUUCGCCGAG